GGGGAGAACUCUGUGGAGAUGGCCAAGUUCCUCUUCGCCACGGCGCUCCUUCGCUUCGGCAAGGCUGCCUUGACGGUCUCCGGGCCGACUGGACAAUGGACGUCGUUGGCGCUGUCGCAAGAUGGUUCAAUCAUGUUAGCUUCUGAGUGGUCAGGGACAAUUUGGAUGAGCUCUGAUAUGGGCAAUACCUGGGAGGACCAAGGCAGCAAAAUGAACAACGUGGCCACAAAUUGGUGGAUGGUCACCAUGACGCAAGAUGGGAGCAUCAUGGGUGCUGUCAGCGAAACUACCGAUUUUUGGAUGAGCUUUGACAGUGGCCUAACUUGGGUUUCCAGACCUGGGGUCGUCGAGGGAAAUUUGAAGGCUAUUGCAAUGAGUUCAACUGGAAACCCACUGGUCAUAGUCGGCUGGCUUGGGACGAUUUGGCUGAGCACCGACACUGCAGUUUCUUUCACUCAGCCGCUGGGCGCUACCUCUCGACAGUGGCACGACGUGGUGAUGACAGAUGAUGGUCAAUGGAUCCUGGCUUGUGUUAAGGACGGCAACCUUUGGAUGAGUUUCAACAGUGGUGCCAGUUUUGUUGAGGAUACCACCAUAGGAUUCACCAUGGAGUGGCGGGCGCUUGCCUCAAAUGGAGAUGGGACCAUCAUGGUAGCUGCAGCCUUUGGAGGCAACAUCUUUUUGCGGACGGACGGCGGGUAUGGUUAUGCUUGGACUUCCGCUCACCAGGUUGCGAGUUACACAGAUAUCUCAAUGUCCCAAGCUGGAUCGAAGAUCUUUGCGGCUGUGCAGUAUGCAGCCUUUGCUGUGAGUGAGGAUGCUGGCCAGAGCUGGGCACUGGACGGAUCUUUGGGGGCACCUGACUGGAGCAGCGCAGCAGUUUCGGGAGACGGGCAGGUGAUGCUGGCCGCUGCUUAUGGAGGUUUGAUUUACUCCGAUGUCACGACAACAAGCACUACAGCCAGCAGCACCAGCACGAGCACGACUUCCAGCACGUCUACAACAACGUCCUCCAGCAGCAGCAGCACAAGCUCCAGCACCUUCACAAUUACGAGCUCAAGCAUAUCAACCACGACCACGUCAACAAGCCGCACCAGCAGUAGCACUGCAACUGCGACCACGUCCACAAGCACCACUACCAGCUCUAGCACCACCACCACCACCACGACCAGCAGCAGCAGCACCAGCAGCAGCACCAUCACGACUUCCAGCACGUCCACAAGCAGCAUUACCCCCACAACCAGCACAACCACGACCUCCAGCACAAGCACCGCGACUUCAACCACUUUCACCAGCUUCACAGGGACCACCAGCUUCACAAGCAUCAGCAGCUCCAGUUCCACAAGGACCAGCACCAGGACCAUGACGUCCACCAGCAGCCGCACCUCCACGGCUCGAAGCACCACAUCGUCGUCGAGUCUCACCAGCAGCACGACUGGGACCCUGGUGGCGGCCAAAGUGGAGGGUUGCAUGGAUUUGUUCGUGUCGGACAUCGAUGUUGAGGCCUUGCGCGAUGCUUUCCAGAAGACCAUUGCAAGAGCCGCCGGCGACGCUGUGACUUUAGAGAUGGUUGAGGUCUCCGUGGCCCUGGGAUCUCUCUGCCCUGCGACGUCAUCGCGGCGCCUGGCGGAAGAAGCGACCGAAGUGGCGGCGAUGACUUUUGUCAUUCGCUUCCCUCCAUCAAUGGAGGAAGAAGACGCCAUUGAGGCGGCCGAGACUGUGCGGGUCAUUUUGGACACAGUUCCAAGCGAAGAGGUGGAAGUUCUCCUUGCAGAAGAAAUGUCUUCGCCCAGUCGCCGAGCCGACAGCCAGGUCUCAUUGAGUUCGUUCUUCAUUGAAGGCGUCACUCGCACAUCCACCAGCACCUCACGUGUACGAACCUGGCAGACUGCCCUGGUCGACCUGGAAAAUCGGAAGUUGGCUUUGGCCGAAGAGGCCUUGGCAUCCGUCGCAUCGGUGAGUGUGCAAAGCAGCAAUUCCAGUGGCCUUUUGCUGCAGACACAGCAAGAACUGGCGGAUGGGACCGUUCUGGUGGCUGUGGUCAUGUCGCUGCCGGAUGGGAGCUCUGUCUCUUUUGGCUAUGGCAAUGUCAGUGUGCAAGUGCCAUCGGCAAUCCUUGAAAACAUCGGCAGUGGCAUCCUGGCAGUGGCCGUGAUGGGAGUUACCCCCACCAGCAGCCCAGUGUUCAGCUUACUCAACAGCAGUGAGGGUGGUCUUCAAUCCGAAAUUCUAAGUCUGGAUUUGUUGGUCAAUGGCACAGCGGUGACAGAUUUGGUGGAACCACUUCAGUUGACUCUAGCCACAAGCGGUGAGCCAAGCGUCUGUGGAUAUUUGGACGAAGACCGCAAUGAAUGGUCCACCGUGGGUGUCUCUGUGGUGUCUACUGCAGAUGGGACGCCUGGGAUGCCUGGGAUGCCUGGGAUGCUGGUCUGUGCCGCCAGCCACUUGUCGAUCUUCGGCGCCAUCCUGCGGAGCGUCUAUGCGGCCCUGGCUUGCAGCAAUGCGGCGGCCAUUUUUUCGCUGCAGGGGCUGCAGAGCUUGGUGAAACGGCCAAGUUGGAUCAUCCAGCUAUCGGCAGUCUUGAACUGGCUGAUGCUGAUGGUUGGAGCCGCGCUACUGGUCAUGGCUCGCAGGGCAGAUAACUUAUAUCAAGAAGCUCUGGAUGUGGUGCCGAUCCUCAACGGAUUGAAGCGGGAGAAGCUCAAGAACGCCUCUGAACGCCAGGAAAGCGUUUGGGAGUAUCUGAUGGAUGGCUUCAAUCAUGCCACGAAUAUCGAUCCGGUGAAAAUGGCUUAUUCCAAGAUGAUCAAAGCCCACACUGGUCUAAGUUUGGGGGCCCUGAAGAAGUUGUACUAUCAAUCCGGGCACACGGUCUUGCAUGGGAGGACCGAAGCAUUUCUGCAAGAGUUUGAAGGAAAACAUCUUGGAAGACAGAUGUCUUUUUGGUACCAAAUGAAUUGUAUUUGGUUCAACAUCCUGCACCCCUCACCAGCAACCUCCUGCCUGGUUCGCACCUCGGUGGUCUUGGGGAAGAUCUACAGUGGUUGGGCCCUGUCGGCCAUGUUCUAUGGCGCCAGUUCCAUAGCUCCUGGGGAAGAGGAUGGAUGCACACCAGUAGAAGGCCUUUUGGAUCAGUUGGUGCGAGCCUUUGUGGUGCAGGUAGUCUCCUCUUGCUUUGGAUCUCUUCCUUUCGCUGCGCUGGUCAUUUUUUUUACAAGUUGAAAGCUGCACCUUUAUGGCUUCGACGUGCCAUUUUCUGGUCCUUUCUGUGUUGCUAUGUGCUUCUUUGCUUCAUGGUGGUGUGCGUUUUCAUUGCUUCGGUAAGUUCGGUGGAUGCAAACAAAUGGUUCUACACCAGUGCGAUUGACCUGAUCAUGACUUGGAUGCUACCCGCCUUCCUCCUCACAGCCACCUUGGUGGUGAUGUCAUUUCAGCGGCGUCUAGGGCACGAGCAGGCGCUGCACCACAUUCUGCCCUGGCCAGCCAGGGAGUUUCAGGAGACUUACGAAAUAACGAUGGGUUCUUUGGAAGUGGUGGACCGAGUGGACCGAAAUGUCCAAAAACCGCCGCUUGUUUUUCCAGGUUGUGGCACUCAUUGAGUCAUUGGAUGGGACUCACUUCCUGUUCGCAACCAAAACCACAGCAACCAAAAAUACUUUCGCUUCAGAAACUACUGCAGAGCAACUAGGCCCAGCAACCAAAACAUGUUUUUGCUUCAGCAACU